UUUGGUUUCUUCGACGAUGGUGACUUGGGACGGGAGAAUUCGGAGGAUGAAGGUUCCGAAGAGGGUCUGGUUAAUUUUCCAAAAGUCUAUGGGGCUCCUCGUGGGUGGAAAUCACACAUCAUCCAGAUCGUUCAUGGAUCACUCGCGAGGCGUGUGGUUGUUCGAAUUUUCUUGCUCGCCUUGGCGAUUUCGACCGUUCCUUUGCUGCAUGUAUUGACGGGUGCCGAUUUCGGAGAAAUCCCGUCGGCGAUCUUUCGUGAUUGUGUUGUGAGGUCGAAUGAUGCUAGUGCGAAAGUUUCCCGAGGAUCUUACUUGUUUCAGGGUCACUUCCUGAAUCCAAUUUGGGUGCCGUUUGUAGCGCUGCACUGUGAGGAACAUAUGAAUCUGACGAUUAAUGUCGUUACCGAGUUAAUGGAGAAGCAGUUCUUGAAUCACAGUGCAAAAUCUUUAUGUAUUGGAGAGGGAUCUGCCUCCGCCGUAUUGGCACUGAGAGACAUGGAAUUUACCGAUGUUAUCGGUGUUGGUCAACACCGAUUCUUCUCGCUAAGGAGAAAACAAUUUGUUUACGAACUGGACUUUAAGGAUCGAUCAUUUGAUUUUGUUUUCUCUAGAGAUGUAGACAAAUAUUCAGUGCCUGCACUUCUGGUGCUUGAGAUCGAGCGUGUGCUUAGACCUGGCGGAAUUGGGGCUGUCAUUGUGGGAAUGAGUGAUUCAAUGCCCAAUAAUUUGAUUAGAGCUGCAACCCCAGUGUCAUCUUUACUGAAAACUUCCACUGUGAUGCACGUCGGCCAUGUUAAUAACUUAACUCUGGUUGUUUUCAAGAAGAAACUCGACGAGUUUGGGCAUUUGGAGCCUCACUUGUCGUCUCAAUGCCGCGCUCUCACAAGAAACAAACCUUUAAUUCCAAAAAUGGAGCCUCUUGUGAAGCAAAGAUCUGUGGGAUUUGACAGAAGGCUGGCUUAUUUGCCAAAGCUUGUGGAUGCUUCCAAUGGGGAAAAGUUGGUCUAUGUUAAUAUUGGUACAGGGAAGCGCCUGAAUGACACCAACAAAGAUUGGUUUCCAUCUUCUUAUCCCAUAGAUCGCAGAGAUUUUAAUGUUUAUCUUGUUGAUCAUGACAUGUCUGCUCUCGCCACCCACAUACAUAAGCCAGGAGUCACGUUUGUUUAUCAUCCUGGCCUGGCUGGAACUGAUCAAACUACAGACAACGACGGCGAUGACGAAGAAGGAGAAGAACCGUACAUCGACGACGAGUUCGAUUUUCUGUCUUGGUUCAAAGAAACCGUGCAGCAUGCUGAUUUCGUCGUCUUGAAGAUGGAUGCAGGGAAGGAGGAACUGAAGUUCCUAUCAGAUUUGUUCGAAAGCGGAGUAAUUUGCUGGGUGGACGAGGUGUUUCUGAGCUGCAGAGAUGAUGGGGUUGAUGAAGAGAGUGAGCUGAAGAGAGACUGUAUGGAUCUGUUCAAGGAUUUGCGAGACAAUGGUGUCUAUGUCCAUCAAUGGUUUCUGGAAGCUCCUUCCUUCAUCAAAAUAUGAUCAAAAUUGCUGAGUUUGCUUCGUGGUUGAGCACUCUAUUAGACUUAAAUAAGCAACCACUUCGUAUGUUUCCUGUUUUUAAGUUAUGAACUAAUGAACUGCAUUUUGCAUGGUUCUUUUUCUGUUACAAUAAAGAACUGUUGUGUGUUUGCUUUUUGGGUUCGUGAUUUUGAUGUUUCAGUUUCUUUUAUAUGAAAAAGUAUGAUGAUUAUGAUGUUA